GAUACCACCUGUACAGGAAACAUCAAAUCAAAUUCGUGAUGAGUGAUUCUCGUCAGGUUUGUUCUGUUCUACAAGGAUAUGGUCAAGGCACGUCAGCAGCUACUGUACUGACUAACAGAGCUGAGAUAAUUACUGUCAUCGAUCAACAUGCGGUCAUAUAUCAGGAGAAGCAUAAUGCGAAAAAUUUAGUAGCUGGAACGCGGAGAGGAGAGAGACCUAUGCAUAGGACAACUAUGAAGCUUCAAGAUGGAUCAUCAUGCGAAGGGCAAGAGAGGCAGAGAUCAAUUACUUGUACGAGCUAUAAUGGAAGGAAAGAUUUAGAGCCAGUAAAGCCUUCCAAUCCAUUUCCUAGUCAAUAUACUUCACACUUCAGCUUGGGUGAUGAUGGAGUACAAGUUGAAAGUGUAACACAGACACAGAGACACUUUCCAAGAAGAUCUUUAGAACAAACUGCGGAAGUGUAUAGGAGAGCUCAGGAGUUGGGCACUCAACAAAUGUCUGGUGCUGAUAUGAUCAAGGCCACGCAACAAUCCACCAUGAUGUCAUUUAUCUCACAGUAUGAAGAUGUACAUAAUAAACUGGGGCACGCCAGAGGUUGUGGAGUGCCUCGCCAAGCAAAACCAGAGCUGCCGAGAAACCCAAUCAAUGGUGAAUUACUGAAACACAACGCUCCAACACAGUUUAAUCUUUCUUCAGGAAACAGGCUUCUAAAGACUUCAAGAAACUCAUGUGGAAAACAGCUUCUCGUAUAGUAGUGUAGCUUAUACAAACAGCAGAUUCUAUUAUUGCUGUUUGUGGUGUCAGCACCACACUUGAAUAACAGAUUGAGUAAAUGUUUGAAAGUGGAGAAAUAAAUUUGUAUUAUUGAUAAAUAGUUGCAAGCAAGGACAAUACAAUAAACCAGGAAGAUGCAGCAAUGACAUAAAG